AUGGCUUCCGAGAAAGAGGUAACAAUCCCUUUGAGAUACUGGGUGGACGAUGAAAAAAGGCGUGUAAUUGUGGCGGAAGCAACUGGGGAUUUCAUAGAUGUUCUCUUCAGUUUCCUCACCCUUCCAUUGGGAACUAUUAUUCGUCUUGCCAACAAAUUUGAACAACGUGUAGAGCUGGGCUGCAUCAAUAAGUUGUAUCAGAGUGUUGAUAAUUUGGAAUCUGAUGUUUUCUGGAACAACGUCUGCAAGAAAAUGUUGCUUUCUCCGCGCAACCCAUUAGAGAGCUCUUACCAGAGACUAAAAGUGAGAGUGGAUGAUACAGAACCGACAAGGUAUUUCAUGUGUCACACUUGUUCAAAGGAAAAGGAUUUGUUGAUGAGUACCUUCGAUGGAGCAAACUGCAAGUGUGGGAAAUUGAUGAAAAAAGAAACGAAGCUGCUGGUAGAAUCCAAGGAAGAGCGAGCCAAGGACAAUGGUGUUUUUGUUAAACCAGAUGCCAUGUUCUUGAUCUUUGAUGACCUGAGAGUACUCCGAAGCUCUCCAGGUAACUCUGUUCAAACGUUUCUCAAACAUCGACACAAAAACUUCAACAAGAUCACAGAAAACUCUCAAAAUGUUGGCAUGAAGGAGAUAUUGAGCAUACUAAAGCAAGCAGUAAGCUCCAAAUCUCCUCUAAGUGAUGCAUUAUUGGAAAAUAGAGGAUCGAAGAAAUACUGUUUCUCUGGAGAUACCGGUCCAGUUCAUUGGAAAGGUUCUGUUGAGAUGAAGGUAAUGGUGAGCAAAUCAAAGAACAAGAUUUUGUUUGCUGAAGCAGAUGGAGAUUUUGUUGACUUUCUAGUCAGCUUCCUCACAAUACCUAUUGGAUCUAUUAUGAAGGUUAUGAAAGGCAAAUUGUGCUUGGGAAGCAUUGGUAACUUGUACACAAGUGUGAAGGAUCUGAAUCCAUCAUGGUUUGUGGGAUCAUCUAACGAGUCCUUACUCAACAUAAAGAUCGCUCCUCAUUUUGGUUGUAAGAGCAAUCCAUUAGAAGAGGAGGAUUCUCCUCAGUAUUGGUAUGGCCCUGUAGUGGAGAAACAUAAUGAGGGGCGUACCAUGAUUUCAAAUAGAAAAGAUAUGUUACGAGAUCCAAAAAAAGUGAAACUUUUUGACCCAAGAUCUUUUGAUGGAGCAAGAGAAGCUGGUGUGGGAUUUAUGAAAAGACCAUGUCUAUUUGUUGUGAGUGAUGAUCUGAGAGUGAUACCAAUGACAACUGCUUCAAGCAUUUCAUAUCUGAAAGAGCUUGGGAAUGGGAAGUUGAAUGAUUUGGAGGAACAUUAUGUUAAAGUAAGAAAGUCACAUGAGGCAGUGGAGCUGUUGAGGGCUUCUUUGACAUCUAAUGAAGGUGCUUUGACAGAGAGCCUAUUCUAUCUAUUGUGGAAAUGGAAAUGCCAAAGAUGCAUCCCGUUUUGGAGUGUAUUGGGAAUUAGACACAGAAAUAAGAAAGAGAAAAACAAGGAAGAGAAGGUGAUAUUAGGCAACAAGAACUAUGACGAGAGUGAAGGAGAUAUGAAGGAAAUGAAGUAG